GCAAACUGGUUAUACUGUCAAAGUAUGCGAUCGAGCUCGUUCCAUUAUUAGUUGUAUAGGUCUAACUCGCGUCACUAUCGUCGUUUUAAUUUGAACAAAUUGUUCUCGCAAACAAAGUGAUAUACCUGCUGUAAACGAGACAAACGCGAAAGCAAGAUGAAAGUUGUCGGAUCUACCUGCGCAUUGAAGAGCAAGGUUGGCAGCGAGGACGUGGUGCGGUGUCUUUCCGACCAGAGCCUUACUAUUUCCAAGUGCAAAAUCCCACUGCUGGAUGAGCAGAUGAACGUCUUCCUACAUGACAUGAACAGCUGCUACAGCAAGUUGAAGGAACUUGUGCCUACUCUGCCACCCAACAAGAAAGCAAGUAAGAUGGAGAUUCUCCAGCACGUGAUUGAUUACAUCUGGGACCUGCAGGUAGAGCUGGACUCGCCGGGCAUGAACCGCCAACAGGCCACCAAUGGCUCACCGCUCACCCGCACCCCUCUGACCACCCUCAACGCAGAACUGGCCAGCAUUUCUGUCGAGAACGGAUGCUCUGAUGACAGAAUCCUGUGUCGCUGAUUUGGAAACAGGCGCCGUCAUCCGAAAAGAACACCAGGCGAUUCAACGAACAAGCAAGGUUGCCAUGGGUGAACUUGUUGAUAAUCUCGAUAACCUUGAAUCAAGCUGAGAAGAAGCGAAAUCUCCCAUGAUAACAGACUUUCGAGUACACCAUAAAAGCGACUGGGGGAAAUGUACCGUAGUGGGAACUGCCCCGCGACCCAGAAGAGCUCUCCACUCCUGACUCGUGGGACUGGGUCGCGCUGAGGGCAGCGACCAUUGUAGCACCUCAACGAUCACACUUGCUUGUUACAUUGGGGUUCACCAGAAAGACUUAAAUUCUUUCAUUUCUCCUAUUUUCUCUUUUUGUACUUUGUCAGAUUUACACGUAGAGAUUUUUUUAUAUUUUGUAAAAAAUGUCAAUUUCUCAGAUUGCUGAGUUAUAUUUGUAUUGUAUAUUACAAUGCUAUAAGAUGUGAAAGUUCAUAUUGU